AUAAACAAUUUCAAUAAAUUAUUAUUUUUUUUAACUAUGACUUCUUUAGCUCAACAAAAUUUUAGACGAUUAUUGUGUCUGUUAGUUAGAGAAAAUUUCUCAAAAGAAUGUGAAAAAGCUAUUAAUAAACAAAUUAAUAUGGAAUUAAAAGCAUGUCAUCAUUAUUUGGCUAUGGCCUUUCACUUCGAUCGCAGCGAAGUGGCGGCACCAGGAGUUUUUAAAUUUUUAAAUGAAGCCAGUCAUGAAGAGCGUAAACAUGCAGAAAUGUUCAUGGAAUAUAUGAAUAAAAGGGGAGGCACUAUUAAAGUUGAAGCAUUAGAAGCUCCCAAAGCGAAAAUUGAAACAGCCAAAGAUGCCAUGAUGGAGGCCUUAAACAUGGAAAAGGAGGUUAAUGAGGCUCUUUUAGAAGCCCAUGCUAUUGCAUCUAAAAAUAACGAUCCUAAUAUGUGUGAUUUUAUUGAGGCAAAUUUUCUUCAAGAACAAGUUGAUGCCAUCAAACAGUUGGCUGAUUUUAUACGACAAAUUGAACGUUCCGAAUGUGAUUUGGGCAAUUAUCUUUUUGACAAAUAUUUAGCUGCCAAUAGUGGCAAUAUGCAUAAGAAAUAAACUUUGGAAGUAUUUUAUUUGUCUUAAAAAAUCAUUCUUGUUUAUUUGUUAUAUUUGGAA